AUGCUCGAUGUCCCUGGCUUGUCGAUGAAGAGCCACGAGUACUCACCUCUUGAAAGCGAAGACGGUUUAGAAUUCCAACCCUUAAGACUCCGGAAGAGCUGGCUAGCUUUCAUCUUGAAGUUUGCUAUUUCUAUCCUAUUAUUCACGGUAGCGUGUGUUUCUGGCUUCUUCGCUGGUCGCUGGUCUGCUUUCGCAACUGACGAGUCUGAUGACAUCCUCCACUUGACAACUUUCUCCAGAGUAUUUGAGUACGAUGCCACUUAUGGAGAGCCCUCCAACACAAGCAACGCCAUCUGGCGCUCAUUGAUACCCCACCAUGGCGGCUUCUUCAAUCACCCUACCAUUGCUCCUGAACGCUCUGUCUUUUCCGUUUUCCACCAGUUACACUGCUUAGACGGCAUGCGAAAAGGCUUCUGGGAGCUUAACAAUGCCCUCAACGGGGACACAAUCAUCGACGAAGAAAACAUCUUGAAGCAUGCCGUGCAUUUCAAGCACUGCUCCGACUAUUUGCGCCAGGUAUUGAUGUGCAAACCGGAUAUGACCCUCGAGAUCCAGAACCCGAUUCUCAAAGCUGUGGAGGGAUUUGGAGUGGAACAUAUAUGCAGGGAUUGGGCUGAAUUGACAAGAUUCGUUAAGGAAUGGGAAACCUGGGGAAGUAAUUGA